GAUGGAGAAGCCGCCGGUCCCGCCCCCGCCCCGGUCACGUGCCGUCGGGGCCGGUGGCGCGGUCACGUGACGCGGGGGCCGGGCAGCACGGGAAGAUGGCGGCGGAGCGGGAGCCGCCGCCGCUGGGGGAGGCGAGGCUCGCUGACCUCGAAGAGCUGGAGGAUGGCGAGGACCUCUUCACUAGCACCGUGUCCACCCUGGAGUCAAGUCCUUCAUCUCCGGAGCCAGCAAGUCUUCCUGCAGAAGACCUGAGCACAAACUCCAAUGGUCCAAAGCCAGCAGAAAUCAUGCUGGAUGGCGACAGAGAAGACCUCUUUGCUGAAGCAACAGAAGAAGUUUCAUUGGACAGUCCGGAGAGGGAUCCAAUACUUUCACCAGAACCUACUCCUGCAAUCACUCCUGUAACACCUACUACAUUAGUAGCUCCCAGAAUGGAAUCAAAAAGCAUAACAGCCCCAGUGAUUUUUGAUAGAUCCAGAGAAGAGAUUGAAGAGGAAGCAAAUGGAGAUUUGUUUGAUAUAGAAAUCAAUGUAUCAGACCCAGAGAAAGUUGGAGAUGGCAUGAAUGCUUAUAUGGCAUACAGAGUAACAACAAAGACAUCACUAUCAAUGUUCCACAAAAAUGAGUUCUCUGUUAAAAGAAGAUUCAGUGAUUUUCUUGGCUUGCACAGCAAAUUAGCAACGAAGUACAUGCAUAUUGGUUAUAUUGUGCCUCCAGCUCCAGAAAAAAGUAUUGUAGGCAUGACCAAGGUUAAAGUAGGCAAAGAAGAUUCUUCAUCUACUGAAUUUGUAGAGAAAAGAAGAGCCGCUCUAGAAAGGUAUCUACAACGAACAGUAAAGCACCCAACCUUGCUACAGGAUCCAGAUUUAAGACAGUUCUUGGAAAGUUCUGAGCUGCCGAGAGCGGUUAACACCCAGGCUCUGAGUGGAGCAGGAAUAUUGAGGAUGGUGAACAAGGCUGCCGACGCUGUCAACAAAAUGACAAUCAAGAUGAAUGAAUCGGAUGCAUGGUUUGAAGAAAAACAGCAGCAAUUUGAGAAUCUGGAUCAGCAACUUAGGAAACUUCAUGCCAGUGUUGAAGCAUUAGUCUGCCACAGAAAAGAGCUUUCAGCCAACACAGCUGCCUUUGCUAAAAGUGCUGCCAUGUUAGGUAACUCUGAGGAUCACACUGCCCUAUCUAGAGCUUUGUCUCAGCUUGCAGAGGUUGAGGAGAAGAUAGAUCAAUUGCAUCAAGAACAAGCUUUUGCUGAUUUCUAUGUGUUCUCAGAGCUUCUUGGGGAUUACAUUCGUCUGAUUGCUGCAGUAAAAGGUGUGUUCGACCAUCGAAUGAAAUGCUGGCAGAAGUGGCAAGAUGCUCAGGUCACUUUACAAAAAAAACGUGAAGCUGAAGCAAAGCUCCAACUUGCCAACAAACCUGAUAAAUUGCAGCAAGCUAAAGAUGAGAUAAAAGAGUGGGAGACAAAAGUUCAGCAAGGGGAAAAAGAUUUUGAACAGAUCUCCAAAACCAUUCGCAAGGAAGUGGGAAGAUUUGAGAAGGAACGAGUGAAAGACUUUAAAACUGUUAUUAUCGAGUACUUAGAGUCGUUAGUGCAAACACAACAGCAGCUAAUAAAAUACUGGGAGGCAUUCCUACCUGAAGCCAAAGCCAUUGCCUAAAAGAAGAAUAUUCCAAAUGACAAGACACUCUGAAUAUUUGUCCUGGAUUAAACUAAAUUCCACAGUGAAAUCACUUUAAAUCAUCCAAAUAAACCACUAUAUAUUUUAUGAA